UCGUCUUGAGGGGGAAGGCCCAGAUUGUCUGCGCAUUCUCACUUUCGUGUUCACACCUGGGGAAGGGGGGGGGAGGCGGUGUGGUGGUUGAUUCGUGCGCGUGUGGGCAUCGCGAAGUGGUGUGUGUAUGUGACUGUGUGUGUGUGCGUGGAACUGCGCUGAGCGCGCUGGUGGACUGACUGAGUGCCUGCCGCCCGACUCCCGCCGCCUGGCCUCCUGUGCUACGUGCGUGGCGCGCCGCCCAGUCUGUGGUAAUCUCAGCGCCUAGCUGGUCGUGCCUGCCGGGCUCUCACGGACACGUCUUGCAAGAGGGUGAAUACCUACCCCUUGCCCGUGGAAUUCCUGGUCAAGACUUCCGUAGGUUGUUCAGUCUACGCAUGCCCCACUAGCGACAAUCACCUGACUUUUUGUGUUAAGCUGCCACCGACAAGCAAUAAGGCUGUUCUCUGUGUUUAUAUAUGUGUGGGUUUUUUUUCUGUGCUGCUACUAACUGUAAGACUGCGCUGCUUCUGAGCGUUGCAGCGCCGCGGCGGCGGCGUCAUGGUAACUGUGCGCAGCCCGCGACGCAGCUGGUGUUGUCUUGAGUGUGUGCGUUAGGAAAGAUACGCAUCGCUGAAUCGCGCAGGCUCGCCUCUCGCUGUCGUUGGGUCGUCGGGCGUUCUUAAGCCCUUUGGCCCCCCAGUUCUCCCUCCCCAACCCACUUUGACUGUGUACCACCACACACUCUGAACCUGGCGGCCCGUCCCGUACGACCCUGCCCAGCGAGCGUAUCAUGUCAGUAAACAGUGACUCUGGCAGCGAUGAUGUGAGACAAACGACUAUUGCCAACGGCGACGAGGAUGUGUGUCGGGAUUUUCUAAGGAACGUGUGCCGUCGAGGAAAGCGUUGCAAGUACCGACAUCCUAGCGGCGAGAGCGGCAUCGACAUGGGCGCCACUUCUAAACCUGAGCCCACCUUCUGCCACGAUUUCCAGAACACGGGCUGCCACCGGCCUACCUGUAAGUUCCUGCAUUGCACCAGAGAGGAGGAGGAGCACUACCACCAGACUGGUCAGCUGCCGCAGCGCCUACAGCAGCAGCAACAACAACAGCAGCCCGCACAGCCGGGAAUGGGCGGCGCCAACUGCGGCGGCCAUAAUACCGGCCACUCUGAGAUCCCCGUGUGUCGGGACUACAUGAAAGGGGAGUGCAAGCGAGGGGUCAAGUGUAAAUACCGACAUCUCGGUAACAACGACUACGACUGCGACGUGUCGCGCGCCGACAGCCACCAGCCUCCCCCUCCGCACCGCUCCGACAUGAGGCAGCACCCAUCUGACCUACGCAACAACCACAACCAUAACUACAACAGCUACGACGAUGGCUACGACAAGUUCGAGCGGUACGAGUAUGGGCAGGGGCACGGGCCAUGUCACGAUGGACCCCCCGGGGCCCUCAAGCGGCGGAGAAUGGACAUGGACGGAUACGGAGGAGGAGGGGGAGGAGGAGCAUACGAGAGUCGGUUUGGCCCUGGUCUAGGCGGGGCGCGGCCCGUCAGCUACCAAUAUCAGGUACUAGAAGAGGAGAAUGCGGCCCUGCGGCGGAGGGUGGAGGAGUUGAAGAAGCAGGUGGCAGACCUGACUGCCACCAACGAAGUGCUACUUGAGCAGAACGCGCGCUUGCGCGUGUCAAAGACAACGACCGUAAACACUGUGCAGGUGCCGGUCAGCCAGACGCUAUCCCCGGCCGUGACGCUGGGACUGACGGGGAUGGGACAGGCCGCGGCCCUGCAGGCUCAGGCGGCCACCCUGGGGGCGCAUCUCAACUCCAGCCUCACUCAGCAGAUCGCCCUCAACAGCGACAUGGCCACGCAGCACGCCUUGCAGUCCGCCGCGCAGCGCAUGGCGCGCGAGAUCCAUCAGCAGCAGCAGCAGCAGGUGGCCGCUGCCGCUGCCGCCGUCGCCGCCACCACCCCUUCCCGACCUCAGCCCGGCGCCCCGCCUAACUUGGGCGCCCCGACCAUGAAUCCGCCGCUUGCGUCGCUGUCGCUGCCGCAGAACAACAUGGUGACCGUCUCGCUUCCCUCGCUCGUGUCACAGGUGCCUGGGGCCAGCAUGUCGCAGAACCUGGGUACCCCUAGCAACCCGCUCGUGUCCUACCCCAUCAUGUCGCAGGACAUGCGCUGUGCCGUGGUCCCCAGCAGCAUGGCGCACUAGCUUCCGGCGCAUCGUGUGCUCCCGCGUUUGUACACAUGGUGUACAGACACGAACUGACCCUUGUGCGGCAGGAGAUGGCACGUUCUGUACAAACCAGGAGGCAGGCAAGGCCACAAUACCAACGAGAGACUGCAUCACAGCCAGGCUUGUCCAGGUUGUCCUCGACUUUUUGUGUGCUGUUAACGCGGCACAAGAUGUCAUGUAAGAGACAGAAACACUGCACACGAUGUUACUUUAGAGACAGAGCUGUUCGUGUGCAUGCUGAAGGCAGCUGGGAGAAGAGAACAUUGCAAAUUCUCCCAAAGACCACAGUGCUGACGUUGUCUCCGGUGACUGAGAUUCGAGAACGAAUGCUUGGUCAGUUAGGGUCGAGUGUGACAAUCCCAGUCGUGGAAGAAGAAGCCGUCCGGUGGAAUGUAAAAUUUGUAAAAGUGGUCCGGGACUCGCAGAUGUUGCGAGCAAGUGUUCAAAACAGCUUUUGUGCAAGCUGAACCACGACGUUGCUUUUGGUAAAGCAGGAACGUGUGAAAGUUUGAUGGAUAGUCUUGUGCCAGCUGAGUUGCAGGUAAACUGCUUUCAGAAAUGCCAAACUCAGAAGUCUAUGCUCACUCUGAUCUGCUGGAUCGUGUGUUCUUGAGGUGUGGCGCUCCCAAAUGGUCGCCGGUGGCAAAGUUGGAGGAUGUUACUGAAGGUUACGGUGGAUUUUCCAGAAGUAAACACUGACUCCCCUUCCCACCUAUGUUGACAGUGCGGUAGAAAGCCUACCUGAUGCAGACAGUGUGAUGACAUACGCACGCAUCAGUUAAAACCUAUGAGAAUCCAAUCUUUGCUAUCGGGCAGCUCUUAAGUCUGCCUCAGUAAUAUGUAAAGAGAGUCGACGAUUAGAACUAUUUUCAGCAAGUCGCCUUCAGCAUACUGCGCUACAUUUUCCCCCUCUCUUUUUCUUUUUUGUCAGAAAUAACAUUUUCCUUGGGAUUUCUUUCGGUCAUACUCAAAUCACGAAGCGAUUGAAUGAGACAAAUCUUGUCUUGUUUGUACAGAGAAGUGCAGACCUCAGUGUAAUUCCCUAGCAGAAAACAGAAACCAAUCACAGAGGAAGCCAGCUUCUUUGCCCGAGACCACAACCUCGUUUAGACCAAGAGCGAAGACCAGCGAAACACUAUACGUCCAAUGUGUCUCUCUCUCUUGCCAGUGAUGAUGAAGAAAGCUUUUAAUUAAAGGCCUGCGAGUGGAGCGACAAGCUCGGGGCGGCGAUAUUUUACCGUGACGCUGGCAGGGAUGCGUAACAACUCAUUUGCCUGCGCCCAGACCUGAGACAUCUCGCCAUCUUUCCGUCUGGUAGGCCGACAGCGCCAGGUCAUUUCUUAGACAGGGGUUUGUUUAACGUGCCAAGGAAAGGCACAGAUCCACUGGGCUGUUAUAUCGUCAUUCAAGCGUGCGUUUUCAUUCGUUGUAGUCUUAAGUUUUCCACCUUUAUCAACGGGUUUUUAUUAUAAUUGCUGAUAACCGUGAGCUUUAGCGUAGCUACCGCUCCUUGAUCAGAUGUUGGUUUUCGUGCCUGUGUAUCCCCCUGCCAGACACAGCCGCUGCUUAGAAGAGGAAAGCCCCGGCUGUUUUGACCAGGGCCGUUUACAGACUAUUUUCUUGUGCUUGCUUUGUUUGGUUUUUUUGUUUUGUUUUGUUUUGGCCGAGGGGGUGGGGGGAGUUGUUUUGGGGUUUUUUGGGUUUGUUUUUCGCACAGACUUGGGCGACUGACCUAUUCUACACACGCGGUAACAGCCUGAGGCCCUAACGCUUAAGAAACCCUGAUGUUAAUCGCUUUUUUUUUUCUUUUUUUUUUUUUUUGCUCAGUUAUAAUAAAGUCCUACACCAAAACCCUAACCCUAGGCAUAAAGCUGUCUUUGUUAUAAAGUUCGAGUUAACAAGUCAAAGCACAUACACACAAGCUCUUAAAAAAACGAUAAAGAUCCAUCAUUAAACGAACCAGAAGGGUUGUACUGAAAGCCAUUUGCAUUACCAGCUACGUUAUAGCAGCUUCGAUAAAAGCAAUCAUUCAGUAGCUAUUUGAAGCAAUCGGACAGUCACAGAAGUAGGUACAGAAGUCGCUCAUUAAACUGUCGGUCACGUGACCGAUGUAUGCCACUGUGCACGAGGCAAAAGCUGCACGUACAAUAGGCCUAAUCCUUCUAGCCAGUCACUAUGGCACAGUCGUACAGUUGCUUACAAGUACUUGAGGGGUGUGUAGGGUCUGAGGUUUGUUACUGUUUAAUUGUUUCAUUUGUGGCAUUUGUUGUUAUCUAGCCUAUUGUCUGUUUCUCAGACGUUGACUUAUGUAUCGUCCAUCGAUUUCUGAUGCAUACAACAAGUGUUGUCUUAUCAUUGUUGUUAUUAUUUGACCAGCAAACCGACCUGUCCCACAAUGUUGAUAUGUCUGAGCGCCUUGAGCUGAUUAAUUGCUAUACGCAUUGCAUGCAAAAACUAACGGCAUUUUCUGAUGUUUGGCUUUGAAUUUUAGCCUGUGUAUGUGUGUGGAUGCACGCGCUUGUCGGACCUAGCAAUGUAAUUCUCCAGCCUAAAUCUGAAAUUUCUUACCAAAGAAGAGGCCAACGCCACACGCCUGUUCACCUGGUAAAUCCCAUCCGUCAUGGCGGACCUGCAGAGCCGUGAGAUGAACUUAAUGAUUAAAAAAAUACGGUCACGCAUUUUUGACUUAUUUUUAAGGCGACACAAAGUGAAAAGUUCAAGCGGAAAUAAACAUAAUAUAUGUACACUCACACUUGCCGUAAACUGUGGAAAUAUCGUAUAUUCAGAGAGCAACGGGGGUCGUGUGAAGAUCGUCAGGUCCCCAAAGACUCAUAUGGUACCAAGGUUCUGGCUCCUGUCAGGCGACAAGGCGUGAUUGCGGUUCGAACAUUCUGUCGCGUUUUCUUUUCUUUUUUUUUUUUUUUUUUUUGCCGUCGAGCACAGACCAUCACAUAGCUCGUAACAGGCCCAAGUGUCUCGUCUCCAAAAGAUGUGGGAUGAAAUAUCGUUUGGAGCUCUUUUCUGGGACCCUGUGCAAAAUAUAUGUGUCUGGGUAUUGAUCCACAGGAGAGGCCAAAGCGUGGUGCCAGCAAGGGCUCUUUGGCAGCAGACAAGACAGCAUACAGCGGGACAACUUCUGGCGCUGUGUUUACAUCCACGCGUUGCUGGCGUUUCAACAAACAGGAUUGUGCUUGUGAUUUUAUCAACAGGCCAGCAACUGUCUCGCAGCACCUGCGCCUGCUUUAUUUAGCCUUGCGCACACACAGCUUUUACCUGUCUCUCCACAUCGGCCAUUAGCAUGUCAUUUUUCGACUUUAUACGGACGAUGAAGGCAGCAUCAUUAGAAAUAUACAGUACCAGAGCCAUUUACUGCUGCACUCUCACGCAAGUGAUUUCUUGGGUCAAGACAAGGCUUCGUUAGUGCCAGCGUUCAGUAUUUGUCAGUUUGCGCGAGUGUGAGAGAGAGGAAAAAAAUUACAUAACUAGUUGCCGUUUCGGCUGGUUGUGACGAGUAAAUUAUGAACAGCAUGUCAACGAAUCACGUUUGCUGUGUUACAAAUGGUUUGACAUAUAUUCUCUGUGCCGAGUUCUGCAAAGCACCAUGUUUUCUUGGUUUUCAUUAAACAUGAAAAGAUAGGCAGAAAGCAACCAAAGAAAGGCUUGGCUGUAUAUUAUUGGACGCGAGCGAGAAAGAGAUACAAAUCCUGCCACCUUUUACAGUCAUAAACAAUCACGUGAAUGCUGUUUUUAUUUGUAGUCAGCAAACUUGUAUUUGUGAACUAAACCCUUAACCCUGCAGCAUUUGUCUUUAAAUUCCCUUUAAACAUGAAAUGUCUGUGUGUGAUGGGUUAGCAUAUUCAAGACAGUCAAAGCUUGAUGAAAACCCUCGUCAGCACGAAAAGAAAGAAGAAAAAAAAGUCGCACCAUUCUGUUUGACUUUUACUGCACCCAGUCACGUGACCGAAACAGUUUCGCAGGCGGACUGCAUGAUUCAAACGUUAAACGUUGUGAACAGCGUUGUUGCCUGUUAUUUGACACCUGCGAGCUGCGUGUGUGAGAGAGAGAGAACGAGUGAUGUGUUCUGUACGGGGAACAUGCGUGUGUCUGUGUGUGUCGGUGAGAGAGAGAACGAGUGAUGUAUUCUGUACGGUGAACAUGCGCGUUCUGUGAAAGUGCUGUGGCAGCGUGUGACCUAACGAUGUGCAUGACCUUUUUGUGAUUUCGAGGGUGGAUCCUUCAAGUGUGCGUUUAUUGUGUGACUGAUGCAUUCGGUUAUAAAGUAGGGUUAUUGUCAUUGUAAUGCCCCAGUCGCUUUCCAGACCAAACAUUUGAAGUUCACUGGAAAGUAAUCGGUCAAAAAGUCGGUUAUUCCACGAUCUAUCGAAGUACCUGCUUUCGCGUAACUUGCCCACAGCCGUAUCGUUUAUUACUCUCUCAAUACCGGUUUGACGAAAUAGUUUCAGCUGCUGACAUCAUAAAGUACAACCAGCUCACUUUUAAAGGGGAAGGGGUGGGAUGGGAGGGGCGGAAUUCGUAUAUUUACAACGAGGCAGCAAUGAGGGUAUAUGACGGCAGUGCAGCUGGCUCUGUCAACAGAUGUCACAUACAGAAAGGUACAGUGGACCUAAGACGAGAUUAAAGCGCAGUACUCCUGAACCUGAAUACGUUGACGGAUUUUUUGCUGGGAGGCAGCGUGUGUUGAGGGAGGGUGUAAUCAAAAAGAGAAGCCGGAAAGUCUCGGCCAUCUGAUGGGAUAUUUUAGUGGCAGCACUUUGAGUAACGGAUUGGCUGUAACAUGUAACAUGGUUUACAUACCGCUGCUAACCCCCAAAAAUUGAUUUAACUUUACCGUUGAUCGCGCUGUGUCAAUACUUUAAAGGUGGGUCCGUGCGCAAACCUGAUACGGGAUAAGGUGGAGGGAGAAAUCGCAAAGCACCCCAGACGUAAGGGGCAGUGCGACCGGCUAGGAGUCGUUGACCCUGUGCUCCCUGCAGAGGGCGUUACGGUCCGGAUGAAGUUGGAGAACAGGAGGUCCACUUUUCCCUUCCACCGGCCGCCGGAUUCUCGCCCUGUAGAUACUGGGUUUAGAGCGCGAUCCAGUCAAAUGCACGGCCGGAAUAAAAACAACACACCUGGUACGUGCCGCGAAGACUAAGGUACGUUGGCCAGGGUCAUGAGGGCGCUAGCCGUUAGCGAGGGUUGGGGUGGGGUGAACCUGGUGGCUAAAACUUUACCCCGCAGGGUUUUUACGAAAAGAAUCUGUUUGGAUGCACCUCCCAGUUCUGCGUCAUUUCCCGGCCUUCUUCAUCUCCAUCCACGCUUUCCAAAGCCGCCUUUUCGUAGUGGAGACGGCCAGAGGGGAUUUGAGCCAGAUAUCCUCCUGCUGCAGGUGAGCGGGGCCAAGAUCAAGCGCUUAAAUAUUCUUUGGUAUCUGAGAAGAUUGAGGGACCGAGUGUUUCUCUCGAAGGCAUUUCCUUCCGCACGAAAAGCAAGCACGAAGUGAGUUCCAUACCUCUACACGCGGACAGCUUACCACACCGUUCUUACUGUGUCACUUGUUUUUGUCCUACCUGUAAGAUAUGUGCAGGGCAGCGAGGAUGUCAUGCGGAAACUGUCCACUAAUGCGGAUGUCGGCUCAUUCUUUUUCUGAUUGUCAUCCUCCCCUCUCCUCUUUUUUUCUUGUUUAUCUAUUUGUGUGUACAUGUGAUUUCCCCACCCAUCUCUCUCUCUCCACAUAGGGAAUUACCUAAUGCAGGCAGGAAUGGAAAUGUCAGUCUAAUCGUUACAACAUUAACAAUAAUGACUGAGCCAGUCAAUCGUUUAUUUAUGCUUUUGCUUGUGCAUGUCUCCCCGGCAGCUCGUGCAGUGAGAAAAUUGUCAUUUGUUGGCUUUCUUCUCGCUCAAGAUAGAAGUAAUUCUGUGAUAUAUAUGCCAUCUAUACCUUAGUGAUUUCUCGCUAUAGAAAACCUGUUGACUGCUCGUUGAACUCUGUCCGACUCGCAUGAUGUAAUUCCUAUGGUUUCAGCCUUUCAUUAAACAAAACACACAGAGUAAAUAGGUGAAUACAUAGACAUUCCUAUACCAUUAACUAAUAGUAUUUGUUAAAACUGAAGAAUACAUGUACAUGUGACUGACUAUAUAUAUAUACUCUUGAGAGGUUAAAAUUUCAACAGCCCUGUCAAUACUUUGGAAGAAGUUCCAGGAUAAAUGACACCAGCAAGUGUUCAGUGUUUUCAUUUAGAAAGUUGAAAUUUACGCACAUGCGCAAUAAUCUUGCGGCUACGAAUAGAAGGAAAUCUCAUCGGAACUGUUGAAAUCUUAAUCUCUCAAGUUCUCGUUCAGAGGUCGUAGUUAUGAAGCAAGUGCAAGUGCUACCCAGGGUAGCAUGAGGGACGCCAUGUCUGCGUAGUUACAAAGCGAUGUCCAGACCCUGCGGCCACUACUUCAUGUUUCUAUGUCCCAGAGCACCUUCGCAACCAGAUUUAUAACUGCGGCUCUCAGAGCAGAACAACAACUGCGGGGUCUGGACAUCGCUUUCUAAUUUUGGAGGCAAGACGAUUGUUCUUGAGCUUUGCAUCUUGCCCCAGGACAAAGGCUUGCCCUCGCUUCGUGACUACCGCCCCAGAGGGUUUGCUUUCUCAAGUGCUGCAUCGUUUGAGCGAGUUGAGUUGGAGCGUGCAGUGCGUUAUACUGGGCGAAGAUGCUUGUGGAGAUACCCGUUUGUACCCUUUUUUCGUUUGUAUUUCAUGAUCGCUCCCCCAUCCCACCCUUAGUCGUUAUAUCUCCUCUCUUACUAUUUUGUCUGCCUGUCCAAGCACAACACGUGGGACCUAAUUUAGGCCCCUACAACAACACGGCAAAUGUGUCAUGCAGUUUAUCAAGUUUGUGGAUAUCUGCACUGAAUUUAUAUAAUAAAGGGUGGAUGAUUCUAUUAAAGUAUGGAACUGUUA